UCCCUCUGCUGAUGAAAACUGUCUGACAAGUUUCCAGCUCUUCAGACAAAGUGAGCUGCAGCUCCGGACCGACACCUGAGGGCCGGAUAUCUUUAACACACACUCACACACUCUCACACACACACACACCUGAGAAAAAAAAUGUCUGCCGCCUCCCUCCUCCUGCUGCUGCUCCCUCUGGUGUCAGCACAGACGUACCACUGGGGUCCCUGUCCCACAGCCAAGGUGCAGCCCAACUUCAACCUUCAGCAGUAUCUGGGCCGGUGGUACGAGAUAGCGCGGCUGCCCGCCUCCUUCGAAAGAGGAACGUGCAUCCAAGCAAACUACGCCCUGAGGGAAGAUGGAACCAUCAGGGUUUUGAACUCCGGGCUGGAUAAGAACAAGGUGAGGGCGGUCGAAGGGACGGCCGUGGUCCGGGACCCGAGGGAACCCGCCAAGCUCGGAGUCAGCUUCUCGUAUUUUUCUCCCUACGGCCAGUACUGGGUCCUGACCAGCGACUACACCAGUCUGUCCGUCGUGUACUCCUGCACCGACAUCCUGCGCAUCUUCCACAUCGACUUCGCCUGGAUCCUCGGCCGCUCGCGCAUCCUGCCCCCGGAGACGAUUCGCUACGCCAAGAACCUGAUGAUCGGCGAAGGAAUUGACCUGUCGAGGAUGAAGUUCACAAAUCAGACGGGCUGCAGGGACGACUAGGUACCGAUGUAGACCCCCGGUUCUUUGUGCUGUGGAUGAUGAGGCGUUGAUUUGCCACUUGAAUAUUAUUAAACUUAAUAAUCAAAUGGAUCCAUCCUUCAUUUUGUAUUCAAAAAAAGUUUUUCCAAUAUCAUCCAUUUAUUCUCCCCGUGUUGUAAUUGCUGACUGAAGAGAAACAGCUUCAUCUGCAGUGUUUGUUUUUAAAAUAUAUUGUAAUAUUUUAAUUCUGUAUGAGCUGCUCAGUACUUUGAAGAUUAAACAGAUUUUGUAAAAUCCACAUUAACACCAUGUGCCCGUUACUCAUUACUCAGAUAACGUAGCAAUGUUGACACGAAUAUUCUUUUUUUCAUAUUCUCAUAUUAGUGCAUCAUUAACAAUAAUGUAUACCUUAAUGGAUCAGACAAUGACAUAAGCAUCUUCUUUAAAAAACUUUGGGAGGGUUCUCUGUAUAUUAAAGAUGUAAUACACAAAAACUCUUUUAAUAAAUCACAUUUCAGAA